UCCCUCAUUUCCCUCCCACCUUGGCUGCUGAGUUCUCUUUCUCACUCUCUGCAAUUCCUAUCUGAAACCCUUCAAGAGGAAUCGUAGAGAACUCUCUCUACUCGCACCGUCAGCGUAAAGUCAAGAGCAAAAGAAAAAGAAAAAGAAGAAAGAUCAGAAAUGGAGGCAUUGAAGAUGAGACUAUUCGCCGCUGUUAUCCUCAUGGUGUUGGCCGUCUCGGCGGUCCAGAAUGUGGCAGCAGCUGAGGCUCCGGCACCAGCUCCCACUUCCGACGCGGCCAUCUUCGUUCCUACCGUCUUCGUCUCUCUAGCGGCUAUUGCCUUCGGAUUGCUCUUCUAAUCUUUCUUCCUCAGAUGAAUUAGAAGGAUGGAUGUCGUGUUCGUAGAUGGGAAGACUUUUUGUUUCAGUCACUGGCUCCUUCGCUCUCCACAGAUCUACUCCAACACAGAGAAUAGGGUUGAGGCUCUGAGAGUCUUUGGAUUUUCUCUUUUAUUUUAUUUCUUUCAUUUGGUUUUAUGUUAUUGAUCAUUAUUAUUAUUUCAUAAUGUACAAGUUUGGGUGUGAUUGGAUUGUAAUUUGAGGAGCUUUUCACUUUACGAAUGUGAAUAUAAAUGUUUCGAUUCUUUUUAUUA